GCGCAGCACUUUGUGUGACAACCAACUUGCAGUAGAAAAUGAUGAACAGCUUGUUGACACAAUAAGUGCUACCCCAAAGAGUGCAGGUAGACGAAGGACGCGUAUCCGGACGGCCUGGAAGGUCCGAGGAAAAUGACCGAGGGUAGCGCCCGGAAAUUUCAUUAAAAUACAAAAACAGUAACGGCCGAAAAGGGGUAGACUAUAAAAAUGGCUUUGGCGCGCUAAAGGGUUUAAAGGCUUGUAACGUCGGCAAAGACAAUGGCGUCGGCCAGAGAGUAAUUAGACCGUGCACGUACGGUUAACGUUUCGUACGGAAGGGUUGGGUGCGUGUACCGUGAGCGUCGGGACUUAUGUACGGGCAGUAGUCGUUAGGCCUUCGGUUUGGGCGAGUGAACGGGUGGCGGGACGGAAAGAAGAAGAGACGGUUGUCGCGGGGAUGGACUUUGGUUUGGGUUUCUGGGCGGCAGUGCGGUGGCGGUGCGCCACCGGCGUGCGUCUUUGCGGCCGCGCACGCUAAAGGUAUAACCCUCCAGAUCGCCGCCUCCGUCCAAGUGCGUGCGUGCGUGCCUAUGUGGGCGUCCCGCGAAGCUUUUGGAACACCCGAAUAUUGCGGUCAACACACGUACACUCGGGUGGCGCGCGUUCGGCCACGCACAUACGCCACCGUCUCGCCUCAAACUUCCACUAUACCGCCGCAUAGCAACGUCUACCAUUGCCACUAUUGCUAUUGUGCUGCCGACUCGACUAUCGCUAACCACUUCUCCGGUGGUCACCGAAACGCGUCAAAGUUUCGUGCACAGAAUUAAUAAUAAAUCGGUUUUUUUUAAAUAUUCAGACGUAACGGAUUUUUCCACGUGCGUUUUCAGUGUGUGUGUGCAUGUGUUUUUCCUUGUUGACGUUGACGGGCUAUUUGUUUGAACCUAUGACAUGGGCGGCGAGGGGAACGGAUGUAAAAAAAGAGCGGGAAAAGCGGUCGUAAAAAAAAACGUUUACCGCCGCGUCACCACCGCCCGCCGCCACUGACGAAGGCUGUCGAAACUUUUAUUUAUUUUCGUUUAACCGUUGCCGAGUUUUUUUCCCCCUGACGACCUUGACACUCUUUUUAACACGACACGUCAAAUGUCGUCGUAUCAUUUGGAAUUGGAGUAAAAUCAUUUUCAUCGAUUUGUUUUUCACUAACAGGAAUAUCCAGUUACGUUUCUAUCGUGUAAUCCUGAAGAGGCGGCUUUACCGGGCCGCCAAAUGGUCGUGAAAAGCGCCCAAAUGAAUGGGGCGCCCAACAGCGGAAACAAUGACGCGCUUUCCGAUGCGUACGCCAAGAUGACCGCUGACAUUUUGGCUGAGAGAUCAUUAGGAGAUUUUUUAUCUGAGCAUCCCGGUGAAUUGGUCCGUACCGGCAGCCCAUUUCUCGUGUGUACCAUAUUGCCGACGCACUGGCGGUCCAAUAAAACUCUUCCGGUGGCCUUUAAGGUGGUAGCCCUGGGCGAGGUGCCCGACGGCACAGCGGUAACCAUACGGGCUGGUAACGACGAGAACUACUGUGCCGAAUUGAGAAACUGCACAGCUUUGAUGAAAAAUCAAGUGGCAAAGUUCAACGACUUGAGGUUCGUCGGUAGAAGCGGAAGAGGAAAAAGUUUCACACUAACGAUAACUGUGAGCUGUUCACCUCCCCAAGUUACCACUUACAACAAAGCUAUCAAAGUCACCGUUGACGGACCAAGAGAACCUCGAUCUAAAACAAGUUCUUAUGAUGUCUUUCCAGGACAACAGCAGCAAUUCCAUGCUUUCGCGUUUGGUCAAAGGCCGUUUUUAUCUACUCAUUUCGGAAAUCCAUUGGAUCCUUUGAGCAGGACAGCCGAUCCAUUGGCAUUUCGUAUGCCUUCCAUGGCCAACUGUCAAAACAUGGGUCAAUUCGCACCACAUCAUUCAUGGGGAUAUUCUCAUUCUACAGCCUAUUCAACAUGGCCCGGAGGAGGCGGAUGUACCAAUUUCACACCACCCGCAUUAACUACUAGUGGAUUUUCUGGUACUGGCUCCGCUUUAGGAACUUCAAGCGUCACUGGUACACCUACAGACUUGCAUUCAACUCUGACCGGUCAUCAUGAUUUGUUUUCAAGUUGUAUGACAAACACACAGUCUACAAUUCCUGCAAUGCCUACGUUUUCCGAGCACAGCGGGUCAGUAGCUGCAAGUGGUGAUUUGGAGCAGCAUAUUUUAUCAUCAUGUCAUCAGCAGCAAAACCGAAAUGGUUUUACGACAAAUCGAGGAGGACCUUACCAACAGUCUGCCGGGGGCAAUGAUCAAGUUAUGACUACACCAACGGACUUACUGCCUUCUACGUCAUCUGGUCCACGAUCCACGUCGGAUUCGUCAACAGCGGACUCGCCAACCGAACCCAUUGGACCUUCGGACGACAUGAUGGCCACUGGUUCAAACCACGGCUACGAUCAAACCGCUUACCAUAGUGGCAGUGGUGGUCAUGCGACCACGAUACCGGCAUCAUUACAUCUUUAUUCUCAGUUGUAUCACGCCUCGACAGCCGGAAACAUAAUCAGGCAACAUCCUCAUCAACAUCAUUAUCACGGGCAUCAGCAAAAUGUCAGUGAAGAUCAUUUGAAUGGAUCAACUCAACGACCGGUUACUCAACAGCAAGCGGUUGUAGCGGCUGACCAUUCGGCGGUUUGGAGACCGUACUGAUUUAGGCUUAUUUCGGCGUAUCCUUUCAACGUUUUAUAGACACGUAUCAACAUUAUCCUAAAACUGAAGUUUAUUGGUUAUAUUAGUGUAUAUUUCUUUCUAAUACACGAUCAAUGCAACUAUACGAUUUUGUAUACAUAUUGUUGCAAACUUGUAAUUAAUUUUUGUUAUAAAAUAAUUAAGAUGUGCAAUACUAUAUUACUAUUAUUAAAUUAUUUAUUAUAUAUAUA